UCAGAUGAGAGAGCUGCACGGUUCUCUGAGUCUCGGGUCCAUGUUGGAGUUGCUCUGCUCUGCUGGGUCAUUUCAGGCCACGUCUGUCCGAGCACAGGAGCAAACGCUGGUAUUACAGGGAUAUCUAAUAAAGGACAUACACACAGACUGUGCUGCAGCUUCGAGGUUUUCAUGUUGGGAGGGAUUCAUCCACCUCGGCCCUGGCAGGACUAAACCUUCCAACGUCUUUCUGCCGACUAAAGAACUAUGGAUAUUGAAUGACUUUCCUGAGCCUCUGCUGCUCCAAACCACUCUGGAACGACUCCGAUAUCACAAAGAACAAGAUAUCAGCGAGUCCGUGGAUGACAACAGCAUGAUGUUGAAGGCCUAAUAUACAGCAGUAUGUCAGAGCAAGCAGACAAAUGCACCUCCCGCUGGAAUGAUGAGCCCAUGCAGAAUGGGUACAUACCAAGUUAUCUGGACAAGGAUGAGCUGUGUGUUGUGUGUGGGGACAAAGCAACUGGAUAUCAUUACCGCUGCAUUACCUGUGAGGGCUGCAAAGGUUUUUUUCGACGCACAAUUCAGAAGAACUUGAACCCGACAUAUGCGUGCAAGUACGAGGGCAAGUGCGUCAUAGACAAAGUCACCCGCAACCAGUGCCAAGAAUGUCGCUUCAAGAAAUGCAUCGCUGUUGGCAUGGCAACAGACUUGGUGUUGAAUGACAGUAAGCGUCUGGCCAAGCGGAAGCUUAUCGAGGAGAACCGCCAGCGGCGGCAGCACGAGGAGCGGCAGAAGACGGUGUGGGAGCGACCCGAGCCCACGCAGGAGGAGUGGGAGCUCAUCCGGGUCGUCACUGAGGCCCAUAUGGCCACAAACGCCCAAGGCAACCAUUGGAAACAGAAGCGCAAAUUCCUGAGUGCAGUGGGGGUGAAGGAAGCCAAGCCCGAGGACAUCGGUUCUGCGCCCAUCGUCAACGCACCAGAGGGGAGCAAAGUGGACAUCGAAGCCUUCAGUCAGUUUACAAAAAUUAUCACCCCCGCCAUCACUCGUGUUGUGGAUUUUGCCAAAAAGCUGCCCAUGUUCUGUGAGACUCUGACGCUGAACGGGGAGAUGGCCGUCACGCGGGGCCAGCUCAAGAACGGGGGUCUGGGCGUGGUCUCAGACGCCAUCUUUGAUCUGGGCGUCUCGCUGUCCUCCUUCAACCUGGAUGAUUCGGAGGUGGCGCUGCUGCAAGCCGUGAUCCUGCUUUCCUCCGAUCGCCCAGGUUUGACGAGCGUAGAGCGGAUAGAGCGCUGUCAGGAGGAGUUCCUCUUGGCCUUCGAACAUUACAUCAACUACCGCAAGCACAAGGUGGCUCACUUCUGGCCCAAGCUGCUGAUGAAGGUGACAGACCUGCGCAUGAUCGGUGCCUGCCAUGCCAGCCGCUUCCUGCACAUGAAGGUGGAGUGUCCCACGGAGCUCUUUCCGCCCCUCUUUCUGGAAGUGUUCGAAGACUGACAGCCAACCGAUCAGGCCAAGCUGCUCCCACCAACACGACCUCCACAGAUCCGACCUCCCUUCAGACUCUGUUCCCAGUCACAUGGCUCUGUUCCCGGUCACAUGGCUCUGUUCCCGGUCACAUGGCUCUGUUCCCGGUCACAUGACUCUGUUCCCGGUCACAUGACUCUGUUCUAGCACUACUGAGCGUCAGUUCAUUCCAUAGUUUUAGGAGUAGCUCUCUGGCCUAUUUUGAAUGGAACCAUUCCUUUUACAAAGCGGGUACAUGUGAAUAGCGUUUCAAUUGUUUUUUCACUCUUUGUAAAAAGAAAAAUCACCUUUCUGUUACUAGUUUUUUUUUCCUCCAAUGUUAAAUAGUUUUAUUUCUGAUCAUAGUCUUUGAUGUCGCUUAAUGGAGAUGUUUGAACUAUGCAUUCGGGUUUCAUGUCACACGUCAGGCCUCAGAAAAGAGACCGCACUGCAAAGAAGGAUAGCAAUAUUUGGUUUGCUUUCACGUCCCUUAUCUGUUGGUCUAAUGGUAUUUCAUGCUCACAUUAAGCCAUAGAUUGUUUAUAGUUCUGGUCCAAACCCCAAUGAGCUGACUACCUAGACAACAUUUCAAUCCUUACAUUGAGACUGUAAAAAAGCAAAAUCACGGAUGAGGGCUCUUUCAUAGCUCAAUUGUUCACUUAAUGCAAAGCCAAUACUGACAUUUGGUGACCUUAAAUGUUCCUGUUGCUCUUGAGAGCGAGAUUACAGUAAUAUUACAUUUCAUCUGCCUCACGGUCUGCUGAAAUUGGUGAAAAAUACAAAAUUCAUUGAACUUAAAUAUGAACUCAUCAAAUCCUACCAGUACCAAAUGAUCUGAGCUGCUAUCCACAUUCAUUUUAUCUUGUGCAUCUCUUGUUUUCUCUGACAUUUUAGGAGAGAAAAAAAAUGUAGAAACCACUGAAAAUUCCAAAAAACAACUUCAGAGCAAAAAAAAAAAAAACGGUCAUGUGGAGAGUACAGUAGGCAUAAAAUAACACUGCUUUCUAAUGUCAGGUAUACACUAUAUGAUUUUCAAAGGUGUCAGAUCCUUGUUCCUUUCACGCUACAUGGCUUUUUUUGAAAUUGCUACGUAAUAUUUAAAAAAUCGCGAGAAGUGACAAGGGAAUGACGCAAGACUACGACUCCUCCCCUUGAAAUUUCCCAUGCCCUGAAUCGUGCUCUCUCAUUGGCUGUAGGUCGUCGUGAUGUCAUUUCCAGUCAAAACACAUUUUCACCCUGCAAGACUCUGAGGCACAGACAGCUCCAGAAGUUUGGACAAUCCCAAAUGUUUGAUAAAUUGGCGCUUCUCUCAGAUCGUGUCUUUGAUAGUGUGCACCGAUUUGCCUCACAUUUCAGGCUUUUGUGAAAGUCGGGCGUAAAAUCGUGUCGCGUAUACCUGGCAUAAGAUGCCAUUCUAAGGCAGCAUUGCAUGUGUGAUACAUGCUUUAUUGUCUAUUGCCUAUAUAUGCUAUUUUCAAAGCAGCUCAGGGUUUUGAAAU